UAACUUUUCCUCUCUAUUUUGAGAUGAAAUUUGUGGUGUAAAAAUCUUAUUUUCGUCGUGAAAUUCGUAAAACAAAAGUGCCUACUGUGCUGCGUCGUGUGUGUAUGUGGCUCAGGCCCAAGGCAACAAAGACAUAUUUUGUCGACGGUUUUUUUUUUUUUUUAACCAUCUCCUCCCUUGGAAUCCGUAAAACACGGGCAUUAUGGGAAGCAUGUAAGUUGGGACCGGGCGGGAGGCCCAGCUACUGCUUAAACCCUCUCCGCCCCAGCACAGGAGUUGCUGCAUAUAUCACCAUUUUUACCCCCUUUUUUUUCCUACACCAAUUUUUUUCUUUUUUCUUCUUAAUUUUCAUCCCCCUGACGUUGAUUCCCGCUCCCUUUUUUUGAAGUGUCCUUUCCAUAUUGAGACAACACAAGUGACAAUAGAACCGUCAUCAACUUUCAAUUGUGUUAAAAAAAAGAAAAGAAAAAGUAGAAAACCAAAGACAGCGCGGACAAACGUUAAAGAAUGCCAAUUCAAGCUCCUCAGUGGACUGAAUUUCUUUCUUGUCCCAUCUGCCGUCACGAAUUCGACCGUGUCCAGCGACAACCCAUCAGCCUUGCUUGUGGACAUACCCUCUGCAAGACAUGUCUUGCAAAGCUGCACCGUCGACAAUGUCCAUUUGACCAAAGCAGUGUCAGUAUCGAAGCUGAAGACUUGCCCGUCAAUACAGCCCUGUUACAACUGAUCUCGCCUUCUAGUGUCCACCACAACAACUGCGCUCACCAUGAAGAUAAUCACGAAGAAGAUCAGCCUAUGGAAGAAGAAUUACAGUCAACAACAACGCUGUUGUCUUCCCUGAACAAGGAUGAAUGGCAAUUGUAUCGUUCCAGUCGACGCUGUGUCGAAGAGCUGGCUCUUUUUCUGAAAAUCAGCGGAGGCGUGCCGCUACUAUCUCGGCCUAUGCAACGUAAAUUGGUGACUUUGAUCACUUGCCAACUUGCCGAAUCGGAAGGACGGGCCAGAGCUGUUCGGGCAGCUCGUUCCUUGGGAGAACGCACCGUCACUGAACUGAUAUUGCAACAUCAAAAUCCGCAACAACUUUCAGCUAAUCUUUGGGCAGCUGUCCGGGCUAGAGGCUGCCAAUUUCUUGGACCGGCCAUGCAAGAAGAAGUUCUGCGACUCGUUCUGCUUGCAUUGGAAGAUGGAUCGGCCCUGUCACGUAAAGUCCUUGUUAUGUUUGUCGUCCAGCGAUUGGAACCCCACUUUCCACAAGCAUCCAAGACAAGCAUCGGCCACGUUGUUCAGCUUUUAUACCGUGCCUCCUGUUUUAAAGUGUCCAAAAGAGAAGGCGAUUCUUCAUUGAUGCAAUUAAAAGAUGAAUUUAGAACUUACGACUCAUUGCGUCGCGAACACGACGCCCAGAUUGUGCAGAUAGCCACCGAGGCUGGCCUAAGAAUCGCUCCCGAUCAGUGGUCGUCAUUACUGUACGGCGACUCAGCCCACAAAUCGCACAUGCAAAGCAUCAUUGACAAAUUACAAACUCCGCAAUCAUUUGGCCAAUCUGUGCAGGAAUUGGUUAUCGCCCUGCAACGAACAGGUGAUCCACACAACCUGUCCAAUCUCCGACCUAGUCUGGAACUGCUUGCCGCUCUUGAUCCUUGCCCUGAUGCCACUCUGCCCAGCUGGUCGGAAUGCGACGGUGCCUUGGAAGCGGCCCGGAUGACUGUUCGUGGUUUAAUCGAUUUUGUUUCCUCACACGGCGGAGCUACUAGAUCCAAUGGAAGACAAUCGGAGCAAUCCGCUCAUGGAUCCCAUGGCAUCAAAUACAAGACCAGUCUGUGUCGCGACUUGCUACGUGGUGGCUGCCCUCGUGGAGCCAAUUGCACUUUUGCCCAUUCGGAAGAAGAGCUGGACAGGUACCGAUCCCGUCACCGAAAGAAUUCUGGCAAACUCAGGAACGGAACAGGCGAAGGUGGAAGUAUAGGUUCUCAGGAGAAUUUAGUGGUGGGCGUGGAUGCAGCUGGUAUCGCCAUGAUCACCGAAACAGAUCCAACCAAUUUUUACUUUAACCCAGCACCCGCAGAUGGCACGCCCGUAUUGAGCCGUCGUCCGAAUUACGGGGCCCCGCCUUACACUGCCGCUCACGUUCCGUUUCGUUCACGUGGACAGUAUGGAGCAAGUGCCUACCCGACUCCGCCGCCAACCUACGGUGCUGGACCGCAUCUCUACGGAGCGCCUUCUCUGCCGCCUCAACCAGAAUACGGAACGCAGGCGCCGAUGGCUGAUUAUCCGACCCGGCCGAUCGAAACUGCUCGUCUGAUUCCAUCACUUGCCAGCCAAAGUUUGGGCGUUUUGCAGAGCCGUAAACAAGAAAUUUUGGAUCAGCUGGAGAAAAUUGGCACAACUAAUAUCAGCUGUCAGAACUAUUCAAUUUGGAAUGGACGAGCAGCAGCAGCAGCCGCUACUCAGGGCGCCACCGGUUAUAAUCGGGCAGAAGGAUUGUUUGACGAUGAUUUCAUCCCAUUUGGCGCACCCAUUUGUAGCAAAUACGGUCCAAUAUCGCGACUUUCAAGGAUCAUCCCACGAGCCUCAAACCCAAUCCAGGCUGCGUCCUCCUUUGGCCAUUCGCUCACUUCAACACCCAUGAAGCGAACUCCACUGAUUUCCACCGGUCGUGACUUGGGGGAUGAUUGGAAUGAGGGACAAGACGAAGAAGACGGUGAUGGCCAAGAGUCUAAAGGUGACUCAGCGCCACCCGCGGUGGAACCCGUGCCCGAUUUCCUUGCGGAAUCUGAACGGAUGAAAUACGAACUGGAAUUAAUCAAACAGCAAAUUGAUGAACUUAAAAUGGCCACACGCGAAGCUUCUAUAGGUUGUAUGACAGAAGGUCGCCAACGUUUAUCGCGAGAGCUUCACAUGAUAGAGGAGAAUAUCCGCGAAAAGGAACGCCAGUUGAGACUGACGCAGCGGAAGCGCCGUAGUGUGGCAACACCCGUCCAUGGCAAAGCCCCAAUCGACUGGGAUGUUAAAUUUUUUAACGGCUUCAGUGACCCUUUGGCAAUUACCACCGGUGAUGAUGAGGAUACGGGAAUAGCUAACGGUAUGAGAGAACUGGAACUUCGUCUCCAGCAUGAAUUGGAGGAACAGGAAUGACGUUUUGUGCAGUUCACAAACAAAAACAUUUAAGUGGUCGUUUUCAACGAAGUGCUGCGUUUUGCUUGUUUCAUCUUCUCCCAAAUUUCACAGACUUGAUCCGUGUUGGAUCAUUUUGACAAUUCGUACACUCUUCUGUCACCGAACGUCAAUUGUAUGUUGUUUUUCCCUCUCUCACCCCCCCGCAUCCGAGUAAUUACGUCUGGGAAAACUAUACAAAUCCUCACUUGAGUUUUCUUUCUUCGUGUGUGUUACGGUCAAUAUUUCUCUGCAUUAUAUUAAUGCGAAUCGUUACGACGGCAUUGGCGGACUGUGGCAGAGUUAUAUAGACUUUCUUUUUUCUCCUUUAUUCGCGAGAACCACUCGUCGCCCCCACAAAUGUCUGAAAUAAUCGAUUCACAUAUUUGUUACUGCAUAAAAAGUAAGUUUUCCACCUUGGCUAUUGUAUUUUGCUUCCUACGGCUCUACUAUUUUUCAUUCGAAGUUUACAAUUCGUGUCAAAUUUCUACUAGUUAAAAACGAGUAUGGAAAAUUGUAGCCUUAAGAUUCCAGUAUGUCGAUUCCCUUCGCUCGAUUGAAGACACCGUGGUGGGCGUUCAUUGCAACUUUUAAUCUUUCUUCAAAUGCAUCUGUGGUUUUUCGUCUUUUGCGUGUGUAACAAGACGUGCUUGAUAAAUAAGAUUUUCGGAAAAUGAAAAUACACAAAUCAAUCGUCAA